AUGGCGCCGCCACAGGUCCUGCGGGGGUCGCGCGCGGUCCCGGCGCCGCAGUCGCUGCAGCUGCUCGGCGGGCGCCGGCAGGAGAAGAACCAGCCCGAGCCGCCCCCGAAGCGCGAGCCCGGGGACGAACUCCGCUCGGAGACGCCGAGCCAGCCGAGGGAGAAGGCCCGGAGCCUCCGUCGUGCUCCCAGGCAGCUGGCCGAGCUCCCUGCUGAUCUGAAGAUACAAGAAAGGUAUGAGCUCACCUGGAAGAAGCUGAAGGUUGAAGGCUUAGACAAAGAUGGGGAAAAGGAAGCAAGAUUUGGAUGCAACUUCAGCGUCAUCGUGGCCAAGCGCGGUCUGGACGGGAGGAAGGACGCUCGGCAGGUGGACAGCAACUCCCACAGAGCUGGCUCCCAGGACGACACGCUGGACGACCUGGGCUGGAGAGACUGCGGCACAAGGGAAGCCCUCUGGGAAAUUCUCCAGCGAAGAGCUGGGCAGCUUAUGCAUCACAAAGAGAAAGCUCAAGAAUAUAACGUCCUGCUGGAAACCCUGAGCAGAACCGAAGACAUGCACGAGAACGUCAUCGGUCCCUCCGACCCGAGCUCCAGCCAGGGCAAGGUCCUGCGCAGCGGGCACGGGGCGGGAGGAGCCGCCGCGCAGCACCAGCCAGGGCCUGGGCCGUCAGCGGAGGCAGCCACCGGGGCUGCGACGCGGAGGCUGAGUUCGAGGAAGCCCGAGGGAGUGAUCUCUGGAGACUUCCCACGAGAAGCCGGACCACGAGGAGAGCACGGCGACCGGGAGCACAGCGCCCGCAGCAAGGAGAACCACGCGCUGCUGGAGGGCAGGUCCAAGGAGCUGGGCUACGUGAUUUCCUGUAUUGAUGGAGACUCAGAUGAGGAGGUGAAAACAUUUGAAGAAAAAGGCAAGACACUCUCUGCCAAUUUCAGUAAGAACCACGCCUGGGGCAAGCCUCUUGACACUGGCUUAACAGCCUCAGUUAAGAGAAUGACUCACAAAUAUGGGUCAGAGGGAGACUAUGGUGCUUUUUGCCAAGGGAGAGAUGAGUCACUUAAACUCUCUUUUACACUAGAAUCAGAGCCCAAGCCAAAUGAGGAGGAGAAUUCCAAGGAAACUAAGCCCAAAGCCAGAAACAUCAUUGCUAGAUCAGAAUCAGAGCCCAGGCCAAAUGAGGAGGAGAAUUCCAAGGAAACUAAGCCCAAAGCCAGAAACAGCAUUGCUAGAUCAGAAUCAGAGGCCAGUUCAGGUGGGAGGAAAUCCAAGAAGAAAAAAAUGAGUUCCAAGGACAGCUGCCAUGAUAGAACAGGGAACUGUCUAGAAGAUGAGCACGGCUUGACUUUUGGAAAGAAACCGAAAACCUCUGCUGCUGUAUACAGCAGUGAAGUGGAGGAGACCCAUGAUGUCAGUCAUAGGCGACAGGUGAAGGCCCGCAUUGGGCACAGCAAGUGGUCCAGAUCUCUUUCCCCAAGAGACCAGUCACCACCACUUCAGAAAAGUCUGAAACGGGCGACGACACAUAAGUCCAUUAUAUUUGGGAGCUGCUGCCUUGAAAAUUUACAUUUAAGGAAAGACCAGGAAAGUGAUGGUGAGUGUGAAGGGCAGAAUGGAUAUUAUGAUGAACAUAAAAAAUUCUGCAACUUUGAUCCGUAUGGGAAGGUUUUUAUCCAUUCAUCAUUACUUAAUCUGUAUCAGGGAAUAAAUAAUUGGGAACAUUCCACAUACAAUAAAACUUCCAUGUCUUUUAACCAGGACUCUACCCUAAAUAAUGAAUAGUAUAUUUGCAUUGCAGACCAAAAUCAUCACUGCUAUAAAACUGAGAAAAGUGUUAACCAAGGCUCUAUCCCUGGAAAUCUUAUUAAACAUCAGGGGAUUCAUACUGGAGAGAAACUCUACAAAUGUAAAGAAUGUGGCAAAACAUCUAACUGUAGUUCAAAUCUCACUCAACAUCAGAGAAUUCAUACUGGGGAGAAUACUUUUAAAUAUAAAGAAUGUGGCAAAACCUUUAACUGUAGUUCAAAUCUUACUCACCAUUAA